AUGACACCUAAGUGGUUCACAAUCCAAACUUUUCUGAGAGGUUCUUCAGUUGUAGUUUUGGCACCCACAAGUGCAGGUAAAACUCUGAUUGCUGAAGUUGCGGAUGUUGCUACAGUAGCUAGAGGAAAAAAGAUUGUUCUACACUACUCCUCUCAAGAAACACAACAGGGGAUAUUUGACGCGGUUUUGAAGGGAUACAUAGACUUUGAGUCGGACCCGUGGCCUCUUAUAUCUGACAGUGCAAAGGAUCUUAUUAGGAAGAUGUUAUGCUCUCGACCUAAAGACCGCCUAACUGCUCAUGAAGUUCUAUGUCAUCCUUGGAUUUGUGAAAACGGUGUUGCUCCUGAUAGAGCACUGGAUCUAGCUGUUCUUUCUCGUUUGAAGCAGUUCUCUGCAAUGAACAAGUUAAAGAAAAUGGCUUUGCGGGUUAUAGCCGAAAGCCUAUCUGAAGAGGAGAUUGCUGGUUUGAGAGAGAUGUUCAAAGAAAAAGAUAAGGUGGAUAAAGAUACUAUGCUCGAUAGGAUGUCACAAAUUGAAGCUAUGUUAACAAGUACAAUUCGAAGAUAGGCUACAAACACUUGGUUUUAAAUGUUUCAAUGUUUAUCAUAUUAGGAUAAUUUUAGUUAUAUGAUGUUUUAGCUGGUAUUUCUAUUAGAAUGUUUUAUAUGCUUUUAAUACAGAGAUGUUUUAUAUAAUUUUGGGUUUUCGUGAUCUUA